UAAUGAAUCCUGAAGGCGAAGCACGAAACUUUCAACGCGUACUUCUGGAUGAGGUUUUUUCAAAGGCAAUACAACGAAAUGAACAACAAUGCAAAAUAUGGACAGACUACAAAAAAGGUCAUGAGAAAGUUGCACAGGCACUGCAUACUUUUCAAAAAAAUGUGUAUGUAAAUUGUAUGGUACCUGUAGGGAAGAGAGCAUUGCUGAAGGGAAAAUUAAUUCACACGAAUGAAGUACUUGCUUGUUUGGGUGAUGGAUAUUUUGUAAAAUAUAGUGCUGAAGGUGCAGCAGCACUUUGUGCAAGAAGAAUACAACAUGCUGAAGAAAUGUUAAAGAAGUUGGGCACUGAGAGGGAUUUAUAUGAAACAAGGAUGUUAUUUGCAAACAGUAAUCUUUUUGAAAAUUGUGCUGGUAAAGAAAUUGUGGAACAUUGGAACAAUGAUCAAAUUGAAGAAUGGAAAGUAAAACAUAGGGAAAAAGAGAGAGAGUAUCACCAGAAAUUAGCUAAAUUUAAGCAAGAAGAAAAAAAGAAAAUUGAAACGGAAGAAGAUCUGUUUGAGAGACUUGAUCAGCUUGAAUUAGAGGAAGAGUUAGCCGACGAAUUUAAUAGAUUGAAAGAUGAACAAUAUGAACUCUUUGGAGAUGAGCCAGAAGAUUAUUCCUACGAUUCAGAAAGUUCGUCUGAAAGUGAAAAGGACAGUUUCAAUGAGGACAAAAAGGAAGAAGAGAAGGAAGAAGUGAUGGACACACAGUCUGUGGAAGAAGUUGAAAGUCGUAAAAUAAAAAAGUCAGUUUCAUUCGUUGAGCCAGGUAACACUGUAAAUAAACAGAAAGUUGAGGAGUCAACAGAAAUAAAGCAAACGAACGAAGAAAUUGAAGACUCUGAAGAAAGUAUUAUUCGGAUAGAAUUUAGACAUUCUGAAUGCAAUCCAGUCAGAAUGUCGGAAGAGGAUUCAAUAAAAACGCCAGCAGAUAUUUAUAGGAUAUUUUCCAAGCCUAAAUCGAUCUUAAAGAGAUCGUCAAAUGAUAUCCCACCUAUUCAGGCUCCUCCACCAGAUUACAGUACAGAAGAAGACGAAGAGGAAGAAGAAUCUAUUAAGCCUUCUACAUAUGAAACAGUAGUGAAAGAUAUCAAGGAAAGAGAUACAUCGUCGGAAAUACAGAACGUUUCAAAUAAGGACAAAGAAACUCGGCCAGUUAGUAGAUUUAAACGCGAUCGCCAGCUGAAGAAAUAA